AUGGCACCGCACAGCCUUCUCCUGCUCUUGCUCGCGGUGCUGUGCGUGCGUGUGAGCCUCGUUCGCCCCGCCGAUGUAGUCGCAGUGGCCCCGCGGCUUCCGCCUCCAAGCUCGCACCUCCCUCUCGCGCUGCAGAUGCAGGACUUGUGCUCCAACUUCGUGGUCAUCUGCGACUUCGUAGCCAAAAACUGCGACUCGGACCCGCACAACACGGCGACUUCCGACCAAAACCCGAAAUGCGCCGAGAGCUUCACCUUGUUCUACCAGCACAACGCCACGCUCACUCGCUGCGUCCAAGAUUUACCUGCCGAUUCUAACGAUCAGACCCAGGCGUUGGUGUUUCUGGAGAAAUUCUCCGUCUGGCAGAAGCACAACGCGUGUCGCCUGUUCCACGCCACAGAAGCCAAGGCCGCCGUAGAAUGCUCGGGGGUGAACGCCCACCGACCCUGGAAGCAGACUAUGUGGCCGCUCUACUGCCACGAAGUGUUCACAAUGUACAAGUCUACGCGACACGAGCUGGACCAACUUUGUGACCGAACAGCAAACUCCGAGGCCUUUUGGGAAGGGUACGUGGACUACAUUGGGUCCAAGACGUGCAAGCGCUACUACGAGUUGGUGCGGGAGGCGAGGGAGCACAGGUGUGGCGAGAAGAAGAACGCACUGAGUGGAGCGGGGCGGUGCCGAGAGAUGUUCCAGUGGUAUGUGGAGAACCAGCGGGUUGUCGAGACGGACUGCUACGAACUCAAGGCCAGCAAACCGUUCUACCGGGGCUUCUACACGUGGAAGAAGCAGCGACCUUAA